AUGGAUACGUGCGUACGCGAGGCAACGCGAGCAGACGGAGGAGGCGUGCUCGUAGAAUUACGCACUUGGACACAAAAUCCAGGAGACGCCGGACGCGGCCCAAACGUGGAGAACAGGCUCUGCGAGUUCGACAUAUGUACCGAGGUUAGCGUGACUACCGUCGCUGAGCCGCGUGGCGAAAUGCUGGGUGACUACGAGUGUAUCGGGACCAGGUGCGCUCUGAUCCUGGAGACGCUACAAGGGCCCCAGGAAGUCAAGUCUCAUACGGAUUGCCCAGCAGUUGUGCGGCUCCACCUCUGGGUCGCCUGCGUCAUCAGGUGCGAACACGUAGUGCAGAACCGCCCACCGCGCCGCAGUGUACAGCACGGGGCUAGCUGCGCCGUCUCGCGAGCUUUCUUUCGGCCGUGCUGCCCCUCCUGGUCUAUUCGCUGCUGCCGUCUGCUUUUCCUUUGUGCAGGGACAACGCUAGAGGUUACAUUUAGCUGCCCACAGUGCUACUCAGGGAUGUUGGGGCGGUCUGUAGGCGCAUCAGAGAAGUAUGCGUUUGCGGCCACCCACGCAUGCACGGUUCUUAACCUAAUUGGUAUUCACGUGUGUUUCGGAACUGAGUCGCUGCUCGACAAGGCGGCCUUUCGCUCGCAACAGUGGCUUGCUGCGGAAACUGCCGUACGCAGAACGCCGCUGGUUCGUCUCCGUAGAAGACCCGCAUAA